CAGGACACCAGCGUCAAGUGAUGGAUAAUGCUCAUACUAAGACGGUGGAGGAGGUUUUGGGAUUCUUCUGCGUGAACGAGUCUACAGGCUUGAGCUGUGAGCAGCUGAAGAAGAACAGGGAGAGAUGGGGACCCAAUGAAUUGCCAGCUGAAGAAGGGAAAUCCCUUUGGGAGCUGGUCCUGGAACAGUUUGAGGAUCUGUUGGUUCGAAUCUUGCUGCUGGCUGCAUGCAUCUCCUUUACCCUGGCUUGGUUCGAGGAAGGGGAGGGAACGAUCACGGCCUUUGUUGAACCCUUCGUCAUCCUCCUCAUCCUCAUUGCCAAUGCUAUUGUGGGAGUGUGGCAGGAGCGUAAUGCAGAAAAUGCCAUUGAGGCUCUUAAGGAGUACGAGCCAGAGAUGGGCAAGGUGUACCGGCAGGACAAGAAGAGCGUCCAAAGAGUCAGAGCCCGAGAUAUUGUUCCUGGAGACAUUGUUGAAGUCGCAGUUGGUGAUAAGGUCCCAGCUGACAUCAGGCUGACCUCUAUCCGUUCCACCACUCUGAGGGUGGACCAGUCCAUUUUGACAGGGGAGUCUGUGUCAGUGCUCAAACACACAGACCCUGUUCCAGAUCCCAGAGCUGUUAACCAAGACAAGAAGAACAUGCUAUUCUCUGGUACCAAUAUUGCAGCAGGGCGAGCCAUUGGGGUCGUCGUGGCGACAGGGGUGCAGACAGAGAUUGGGAAAAUCCGAGAUGAGAUGGCCUCCACUGACCCCGAAAGGACGCCACUACAACAGAAACUAGACCAGUUUGGAGAACAACUGUCCAAGGUUAUCAGUGUGAUCUGUGUGGCAGUGUGGGCCAUCAAUGUGGGACAUUUUAAUGAUCCAGUGCAUGGAGGCAGCUGGCUCAGAGGAGCUGUUUACUAUUUCAAGAUUGCUGUCGCACUGGCUGUGGCUGCCAUACCAGAAGGCCUCCCAGCAGUCAUCACUACCUGUCUGGCACUGGGCACCAGGAGGAUGGCCAGGAAGAACGCCAUUGUUCGCAGCCUGCCAUCAGUGGAGACACUGGGUUGUACCUCUGUUAUCUGCUCAGACAAAACAGGAACACUGACCACCAACCAGAUGUCAGUCUGCAGGAUGUUUGUAGUGGACAGUGUGUCAGGGGAGCACUGCAGCCUGAGUGAGUUCACAGUGACUGGAUCUACUUACGCCCCUGAAGGGGAAGUUUAUAAGGAUGGCUCAGUGGUGAAGUGCAGUCAGUAUGAAGGCUUGGUGGAGAUGGCUUCCAUCUGUGCACUGUGCAAUGACUCAUCACUGGACUACAAUGAGGCAAAGGGAGUGUAUGAGAAGGUUGGGGAGGCAACAGAGACUGCCCUCUGCUGUCUGGUGGAGAAAAUGAAUGUGUUUGACACCAACCUGAGAGGACUGAGCCCUGCUGAGAGAGCUACAGCGUGCUGCUCAGUGAUUAAGCAGCUGAUGAGGAAGGAGCUGACACUGGAGUUCUCCAGAGACAGGAAGUCCAUGUCUGUCUUCUGUUCAUCCAAUAAACUCACCAGGUCUGCCUCUGGAGCCAAGAUGUUUGUCAAGGGAGCUCCAGAGAGCGUGCUGGAGCGUUGUACUUAUAUCCGGGUCAGCGGCUCUGCUCGUGUGCCUUUAAGCCCAGUGGUUCGAGAGCAGCUCCUGUCCACUGUGCGGGAGUGGGGGUCAGGCCGAGACACGCUGCGCUGUCUUGCCAUGGCAACCAGGGACACACCCCCUGAUAUCCAUUGUCUCAACCUGGAGAACUCAGCUGCCUUUGCUGACUAUGAGUCGGAUCUGACCUUUGUGGGCUGUGUGGGCAUGUUGGACCCACCCAGGAAAGAAGUGCUUGGCGCAGUCCGAAUGUGUAGGCAGGCUGGCAUACGAGUCAUCAUGAUCACAGGUGACAACAAAGGGACCGCACUGUCUAUCUGUCGGAGGGUGGGGAUCAUUACAGAGCAGGAAGAGGAGCAGGAGGGCGCGGGGGUCAUUGGAGGCCUGACAGGGCGGGAGUUUGACGAGCUGCCCCCCCACCUGCAGCGUCAGGCCUGCCGAACAGCACGCUGCUUUGCCCGGGUGGAGCCAGCACACAAGAGUCGUAUUGUUGAGUAUCUGCAGAGCCUGAGUGACAUCACUGCCAUGACAGGUGACGGGGUGAACGAUGCGCCGGCGCUGAAGAAGGCGGAGAUCGGCAUCGCUAUGGGCAGCGGCACAGCUGUGGCCAAGUCAGCCUCCGAGAUGAUCCUGGCUGACGACAACUUCUCCACAAUUGUGGCAGCUGUGGAGGAGGGCAGAGCCAUUUACAACAACAUGAAACAGUUCAUCAGAUACCUAAUCUCAUCUAACAUAGGAGAGGUGGUCUGUAUUUUCCUGACGGCCGCACUCGGCAUGCCUGAAGCAUUGAUCCCAGUCCAACUGUUAUGGGUCAACCUGGUCACUGACGGUUUCCCAGCAACAGCUCUUGGCUUCAACCCUCCUGACCUGGACAUCAUGUCCCGUCCUCCUCGCUCCCCCAAAGAGCCUCUCAUCUCCAGCUGGUUGUUCUGUCGCUACCUCAUCAUCGGAUGUUAUGUGGGAGCAGCAACAGUAGGAGCCGCUGCCUGGUGGUUUAUGGCAGCCCAUGAUGGACCUAAACUUUCCUUCUAUCAACUGUCCCACUACCUGCAGUGCAGUGAAGGCCAUGCUGAGUUUGCUGGUGUGCAGUGUUCAGUCUUUGAAUCUCCUUAUCCCAUGACCAUGGCUCUGUCUGUCCUGGUAACCAUAGAGAUGUGCAAUGCAUUGAACAGUCUUUCAGAGAACCAGUCCCUGCUGAAAAUGCCUCCCUGGUCAAACCCCUGGCUGGUGGGAGCAAUCUGUCUGUCCAUGGCCUUACACUUCCUCAUUCUCUACGUAGACCCACUGCCGGUGAUAUUUCAGAUACGCCCGCUGUCAUGGCCUCAGUGGGUGGUGGUCUUGAAGAUGUCGCUGCCUGUCAUCUUGAUGGACGAGGCCCUUAAGUUCCUGGCCCGCAACUACAUCGAGCCAGGAAGCCAGAUCCAGACACUGGAAGAGGAAGAGGAGCUGCAGAGGACUAGGGCUAGUGUGGGAUUGGUCAGUGCCAUGAUGACAAGGCUACGCCAGUCAGUGAAGGGUGUGUCCUGGUCAUUCGUCCUGAUCUCCACACCGCUAGUGAUCUGGAUCUUCAGCCUGGACUCUGACAUAACUAACAUCUUCUGGGAGUGACAGGAGAACGCGAGGACAGGUGGACUGUGGGGGAACAGUGAAAGACAGGAGAGUGAAAGAGGACAGAAGGAAGGAGUAUUGGGGGGACAAAAAUGCAGAAGACAUGGGUAAUGUGAAUGUGGACGGGUGAGGCAAAGUGGAGAGAAACAAGAUUAUAAAUACUUGAGAUACAGGAGUGUAAGGGAUAAAGAGUGACAUUUUUAACCAGCAGACAAUCAGAAAAAAAGAAGAGAGUUUAGGCCAUCACUUUCUCUGUAAUGAAAAGGUGCUAUGUGUACCUAAUUGUCUCUCACGGUUAUGAUCAUAUUUCACAUGAAUUUCACAUGAAUUUCACAGCUUACUUAAACUGUACUUUACCUGCUCCCCAUUGGUCAGUUUGUCAGACCAACACUGAAAUAUCACUGAGACAAAAUACCUCUAAAACUGAAAACUAUAGUACCAACAGCCACAGUUGUAAUUUUAUGUUAGCAUAGCAUGCUAACCUACUAAUUUUUACAUUCCAAAGUACUAAAGAUUGUGUGAUUAGUGUUACAUUAGCAUGCUAAUGUUAACUUGUUUGUUGUUGAAAAGACAGCAGCUGACAUCUGUCUUUCUGCCUUAAAGCAAUUCAGCAUUUAGACUUUCUGCCAAAAGGGACCCAGGGACACACAGUGUAAAACAUAAUGUAGAUCAUGAGGUUCCAAAGUUUAUUUGGAUUUUUAGGUUGCAUUUAUCUUUCAGAGAUUUUAAUUUGAAACAGAUCAUUUUGUCUGACUUGUUUUUAGGGACCUGGAUGGGUUUGCACUAGCUAAUCAUAAAUUAUUCUCUGAUUUGUGUGUUAAGUCCUUCCUGAGUUCUUAGCAACAAAUAGCUAGCUUAAAAACAAGUACUUUAUUACAUCAGGUUGCACCAUUCAAAACCAGGAAAUGUCUUAGCGAGUAAAGUCUGAAGUAAUGUGUAAGUCAGGUGUUAGGAAACAUCCGUUGAGUCAUCCAAUCACAAGCAGUCGACAGGAUGCCAUUGUAGCAUCACAAGCUACAUUGACAGUUUUAGGAGGUCAGACAAUAAUUAGCCUGACAAUGUUUGGUAAAUGUGGGUGUGACAUUAUUUCAUGUAGUAUUCAUGUAGUGUGUGGAUUAUUGGCAAAAUAUUGAGAUACACUGUUAUUUUAGUGAAAUGUAAUUUAAAGUCUUCUGGGUUUACAUCUUAAGUCAGCAGUGUUUUGUCAAGUGUAGAAUCAGAUUCAUCAAUUAUAUCUCAUUACCUCUUGCUUUUCAGUUGAAACAGGUCUUUUAUUAGUAAGCUUAAGUUUUGUCAGGUAGCAGAGUUAGCAGAGCAGAAGCUCCACCUGGCUGUUCCUGGGUGUAAAUAUUUCGUAACAACUAAUCUUCACAUAAGUUUUAUUGUCAUCUGUAUAAAGCUCCUCUUAGAGAAAACGUAUAUUAUACCAACUUUAAAUGUAGGAAGAGCAAACACACUUGGCUCCUGAAAAGGUAAAUGUAACCAGUUCUUCAAAGUAAAAAGGCAAAGCAAAGAGUAGACAAGUCAGUAAAAAGUAAUUUGUGUAAUAGAAACGUGUAAUAUGGGAUUGGUUGUUUUUUCUAACUGAUGCCCGCCCCCCCUUUUUCUAUCUUUUUUCUAACCUAACAGCAUGAAAAAAUGCUACACAUAGCACCUUUUAGAUGAAAAUGUCUGGUUGAAAAAUGAUUGGAUUAGGUAGAAGAAAGAGAGAAGUGCUCAUUGCUCCACGAUCUCACACACACAUAUAUAUAUACACACACCAGCUUUACAUCCACACUGUAAUUCACCAGUAAUAAUAUGUGGUCAGCAACAGGUGAUAACUAGACAUACAACAGAACGCCCAGGUGGCUGCUCCAACACUCUUUAUGCUGCAAAAAUAUUCAGUCACAUUAUUGUUGGAGCUUCCUCGCAGAUACUGUACAUGACACUAAAGUCAACAUUUAAACUCUGAAGGAACACUGUCAGCAGAGUGCAUGUCAACACACAUCACACACUUCUAACACGUCGCAGAGUAGAUGUACUCAUGUACAUCUGGGUCCACACAGGUUUGGAACAAUAUUCACAUGUCUAAAACUGUGUCAAGUCCAGCAGUACAGUUCAUCAUCAAACCUUUCCAGUCAUUUUACUCUGAUAGAUCUUGAACUGUAGUUCAGGAUCCCUCAUAGUCUUUCUGUUGAUUGUUACUGAAAAGCUCUUAAAGUCUUAAGUGUACCAAAAUUCUGUUUGUUCUUUAGACAUCCUGAGGCUUCAUAGACUAAAUGAAGCUGGAUUUAAGCCUUCACACCAGGAUGAAUGAGUUGAGUCUGUUUGAUGAGUCAAAAAAUGUUGAUUAUAUUAUUUACAUUCACAAUUAGACACAGUGGAGGUUGUUGUGUGCCUCCAGGUACAGACAACUACAGGAUGUGAAUCAGUUGUUACAUGUAUGUAAGCUAAAUGAAUUAGUAUGGUUCUUUAUGUUAGGGCUUUGAAUAUAUUCUCUGAGUUUAUUACUCUCACUGAUAAAGUCCUGCUCAGUAGACUGCAACACCGAUGUUUGUAGUUGCUUUCUUUUAUUUUUUUGCUACUUUUCUCCCCACGCCUGUUAACCACAGAAACUGCCUCUGUGUCAGUGCAGGAUUUUAAUUUGAUGACCAAUGUGUUGCAAACAAACAAAUUUCUCAACUAUAUCUUAACACCUUAUAGUAGGCCUGAAAGUGAGUGAGUGUUUCAUUUUAAAUGUGCUUUUUGUGCAAAUCAUCAACCUGCCUGCCAUUUUCUCCAGCGAUGCCAUUGUGACAUUUGACUCUGUUUGCCAUCGAAGGGAUUUUUUUUUUUUUUCGUUUUGAAAAAUGCAUUUCUGAUUUUUGCAGUUACAACAACUUUUCUUGUGUAUCACAUGUGGCCCUGACAGUUGAGGAUUAGGCUCAUUUUUAGGAGAAGAAAUCUGUGAUUUGGAGCAUAAAGUCAUAAUAUUUUCAGAUGAAGUCAAAAUUUUAUGAUUAAAAGAGAGACGAAUAAAGUCACAGUAUAUACAGUUACCACUUCUGCUAUGAUGUGUUCAGUACACCUCUGUCAGAAUGAACUGGGUUAAGAUACUAGCCGAACAUUCCCUCACAGCACAGAAUACCACUCUGACAAAUGGUUGUAGUUGCCUAUUCCAUAAUGCUACUUUUUUUUUUUUUUCAAAAUUACAGCUUAACUCUUAAUUAUGACUUUAUUUUGUAAUUUUAUCUUCUUUCACAAUUAUGACUUUACUCCUAACAUUAUGCCAUUUUGUUGUAAAACUGCAACUUAAUUUAGAGAUAGCUUUAUUCAAAAUUGAGACUUGAAUGUUUUCUCACCAUACUGCAGUAUUCUCUCAGAGCAUCUGUUUCUUCUCCUAAAAGUGUCCCUAAACGUAUAGGUCAUAGGCUCUUUAACAUAAACUGGUUGCUUUAACAUAGAAAAGAAUGAAACUUUCUGGGUGCAUAAACUGUUGAAGAGGUGUUAGACCUGUUUUUCUCCUACAGUUUUGCCUCUUUUUGAUUGAUUGUUUUUUGUUGUUUUUUUUAAUUUUCAGACCAAACUUUUUCUCUUGUAAUAGCUUGAAGACUGCAGAAGUGAUUAAAUGUUUGUUGCAAUAAAAAAAUUCUGUCUGAUACCAUUAGGUGAAAAACAUAUAGAUGCAUUUAAUAGUAAACAUUUAUUUUUUGAAUUGUAUUAUUUAUUAUUUUUCUGCAUAGGUGUACUAUGCCAUGACAGCCCAGCUCUGAACCAAGUUUAUUUACACUUCUGUUCCUCCUCCUCAUUAUUAAUAUUAUUAUUGUUGUUGUUGUUCUUAUUAUUAUUAUCAUCAUUAUUAUUACUGAUGUUGUUGUAAGCUGACACCCAUGUCUUUAGGAGUAGGAUGAGUGGAGGAUGAGUGGUUUUUGGAGCAGCGUUAAGGUUCCAGACUGUCACUCUAAAUGAAAAGCUGUUCUUGACUGACUUGUCUGUUGAAAUAAAGGUUGAAUUGGAGAACUUCAUAA